AUGGCUGCAAGAAAGCUGCGUGAAGCUGCACGAAUAAUCUUGGUCGGCGCACCUGGUGUUGGGAAGGGAACGCAAUCAGAACGACUUAUACAAAGAUACCCGCAGCUCAGCUCUAUUGCGACGGGUGACCUGCUUCGGCAGCAUGUGAAGGAUAAGACAGAACUAGGCCGACAAGCGGACUCGUAUAUGAAGCAGGGCGGUCUCGUGCCAGAUCCAUUGAUCCUCAACUUGAUCCUAUCGGAGCUCACCACGCGUAAGUGGCUCAAGACCAACCGACCGAAUGAAGAAGUGGUAGCAGCCAUUGAGCGCGGAAACGGCUCUGCGUCAUCCGCAGUACAACCCGACAGCAGUCCAGACUGCUCGUUCCUCCUCGAUGGCUUUCCUCGAACGGCAACUCAAGCGCAGGCACUAUCACACUUACUUCCGAUGAACCUCGUCAUACAUCUCGUCACGCCCGUUGACAUCAUCCUGGGAAGAAUGGCAAACCGGUGGAUACAUGCGCCAUCCGGCCGAGUAUACAACGUAGGCUUCAACGAUCCGAAGGUCCCUGGCAAAGACGACGUGACUGGCGAGGCAUUGUCACAGAGAGAAGAUGACAGUGAAGACACCUGGAGGAAACGGUUGACCAAAUUCGACGAGACCAGUACAGGUCUGCUGAACUUCUACCGAGAAAGUGGUCCCGGACUUGUGGUGACAGUGAAGGGAGAUUCCAGCGACGAGAUCUCGCCACAAAUAUACCGAGAAAUCGAGCAAAGGUUUGGGGCUUGA